GUAUGGGUAUAGGUGUGUGGGUGACCUUUGAAAGACGUAAUAACGACUGCAACGAAUACAAAAAUAUCUUGCUAAAAUGAAGAUGACAGAAAUGAAACUUCUUUUUAUCAUCUUUGUAGCAGCAAAGAUUGGUCAUAUCAAGACACAAUGUAUAGCAUCUGUUCCUACAAUUCGCUACGUACCUUCAUGCCCCAGUGAUGAAGAAUCGUGGCGAAAAGCCGAAUUACAAAAGAACUGCCAAAGUUUAGCCGAAAUCCAGACAUGUGUUCAAGAUUCUUCUAAAUUUAAGUAUCACUGCCUUGUGAAUACCUUUUUGAAUGCAACUUUAGAGGUGUGUGCACCAAUUCGGUUUCUCACAGGUUAUUGUGCCGAUUUCAAUAUCCAGGAAAGUAAAGUAACGGAGAAUUACAAUAUUGAUUGUACAAAGCUAAGGCCUGCAUGUCCUCCUAGAUAUGAAUCUACAGAGAUCUAUAAAUUGUUUAUCUGCAGUCUCAAAGAAAACUUUGUUAGUUUUGUAUCUAGAUCAGUUUAA